AUGUCCGCGUUUUGCGCGCCCCACCAGGCGCUCACCGCGCGCGUCACUGUGCGCGUCACCGCCGCGUCAUCGCGCGUCAGGUCUCGCGUCGCCCUCAGGUCCAAGCCCGUGCUGACCACCCGUGCGGCCAUCAGCCCACCCAUCACCGAUGACGCCGAGCCUCCCAAGUCCAAGCCGAAGACCGAGGCCGUGCGCGUGGGAGGCGCCAAUCCCCUCAGCGCCGCGAUCGCCGUGCCCACCAAUGACAAGCCCAAGGGUGAGCCCGUGCGCAUCAAGAUCGACGAUCAGUGGUACGACGCGCGCGGGUGGGCCAAGGCUCAUCCCGGCGGCGAGCGCUGGAUAUGGUUCUUCGACGGCCGCGACGCCACCGACGCCUUCUACGCGCUGCACUCCUACGGACCCAACGGCAGCAGCAAGGCUCUGGACAGGCUCAAGAAGCUCCCGAAGUGCGACCCUCCGCCCGAGUCCGAGUACAAGGCUCCUAGCCCGAGCGAGUACGCGGCGUCCAUGAGCUUCCGCGAACUCCGCGCCAAGCUCGAAAACGACGGCUUCUUCAAGCGCAACGUGUUCAAGGAGGCGUGGGCGUUCGUGCAGGUGGCUGGUCUGUACGCCGCGGGUCAGUUUUUCGCGUACUCCAACCCCUGGCUCGCCACCGUCCUCCUCGGUCUGGGUAUGGUGCAGGCUGGCUGGCUGGGUCACGACUACGUCCACGGCCGCGGUCCCCUGUGCGACGCGUUGCGGUACAUGCCCACGCUCCUCAACGGGCACAGCGUGGAGUGGUGGUCGCAGAAGCACUCCAUGCACCACACGUUCACCAACGAGGAGCACCUGGACAACGAUGUGAUGAUGGAGCCCUUCUUCUUCCUGAGGCCCCCCAGCGAGUCCGGCCGCCCCGACAGCGCGAUGAGGAAGUACCAGCACAUCUACGGGUACCCUCUCCUGUCCAUCAUGUUCUGGCUCUGGCGAUUCCACAGCGCCGAGUCCGCGUGGAAGCGCAAGGACAAGAAGGAACUCGUGCUCCUCGGCAUCAACUACUUCUGGCUCGCGACGUGCAUGCCCUGGCAGGUUGCCAUCGGCAGCGUCUUCCUCUCCGGUUUCAUCGUCGCGAGUUUGGUGUCGGCGACGCACCAGAGCGAGGAGAUCAUGGAGUACGGCGAGGGUGCGGAGUACGUGGAGGGUCAGUUCCGAUCCACGCGCGAUGCGGACACGGUGUUCGGCCCGCUCGAAACCUGGAUCUGGGGUGGCAUGGACACGCAGCUGGAGCACCACCUGUUCCCCACCAUGCCCAGGUACAACUACCACAAGCUGAGGCCUCUCCUGCAGGCGUGGGCGAAGGCGAACGACAUCAACUACAGGAUCUCCCCGUCCACGAAGAUCAUCGCGGACAACUUCGCGCUCCUUAAGCGCGUCGCCGCCGCCCCAUAA